AUGAUGAGCUCUGGCACAGGUUAUGGGCCUAGGACUUGGAAAGAGCAAGUUGGGCAGGGCAGCAAAUCAAAGCGCACUAGUCAGUUCACUGAGGAAGUUCGUUUAAUGUGCCACCAAUGCCACAAAAGUGAUAAUGGCCAUGUUGUUUGGUGCCUGAAAUGUAAAAGGAAGCGCUAUUGCAUCCCCUGCUUGACGAAAUGGUAUCCUAAGAUGACAGAGGAUGAUGAUAUGGCAAUUGCUUGUCCAGUUUGUUUUGGAAUAUGCAACUUUACUGAAGCUGAAAGACUGGCCCCCUUUGAAAUAUUUGGUGAAAGUUUGCCACGACAUGAUGCUGCAUUUACAUGUUGUUUGCCCUUUAAGGAGUAUACCCAUCCUCACAGUGGACCUUUAAACCUUGCUGUCAGGUUGCCUCAGAAAUUUUUUAAGACAGACAUUGGGCCGAAGACAUAUAUUGCUUAUGGAUUUCCUGAAGAGCUUGGGCGUGGAGAUUCUGUUACCAAGCUUCAUUGUGACAUGUCUGAUGCAGCAUGUUUUGUGUCCUUUUCUAUUCUUGUUCAGAUAAAAGAUGUUACACUAGUGACAGAAAGAGAAUGGAAGAUACCACAAGCUUAG